UCCUCCACCAGACCCCUUUUGCAAGAUUAGUAAGUUAUUGUUGACGUUUGAGAAAGCUGAACAUGUCUCAAGAAGGUCAAAACAUUGAUGAGCCGGUUGUUAUUGAGGAAAAAGGUUCUGUGAAAUUAACUGUUCUAAACCGCCCUCGUCAGCUGAAUGUCAUCUCUCCGGAAGUGGUCCUCAAGCUUGCAGAAUAUCUCGAAUUGUGGGAGAAGGAUGACCAAACAAAGCUUAUAUUGAUCAAGGGUGCAGGUAGAGCUUUCUCCGCCGGUGGUGAUCUGAAGGUGUUUUAUCACGGCCAGGAAUCAAAGGAUUCUUGCCUUGAGGUUGUUUAUCGGAUGUACUGGCUUUGUUAUCAUAUCCACACAUACAAGAAGACACAGGUUUCUCUUGUUAAUGGAAUAUCGAUGGGUGGAGGUGCAUCAUUGAUGGUUCCAAUGAAGUUUUCAGUUGUGACAGAGAAAACUGUUUUCGCGACUCCAGAAGCAAGUUUCGGGUUUCACACUGAUUGUGGGUUCUCCUACAUCCAUUCACAUCUUCCUGGUCAUUUAGGAGAGUUCCUGGCUUUAACUGGGGCAAGAUUGAACGGCAAAGAACUUGUAGCAAUUGGAAUGGCAACACAUUUUGUACCUUCUGGUAAAUUGAUGGAUCUGGAGGCGCAGCUUAUGAGUUUAGACUCAGGAGACGUGGAUGUAGUCCGAUCCACAAUUGAAGAGUUCUCCGAGAAAGUGAACCUCGACAAAGACAGCAUCCUUAACAAGCAGUCUGUAAUCAAUGAGUGUUUCUCAAAAGAAAGUGUGAAACAGAUCAUACAAGCAUUUGAAGCUGAAGCAAGCAAAGAAGGGAAUGAAUGGAUUACUCCAGUCAUCAAAGGUCUAAAGCGAUCGUCACCCACGGGGUUGAAGAUAGUACUACGAUCGAUCCGUGAAGGUAGGAAACAAACGCUGAGUGAUUGCCUGAAGAAAGAGUUUCGGCUCACCGUGAAUAUCUUGAGGAAAACCAUAUCCCCUGAUAUGUAUGAGGGUAUAAGGGCUCUGACCAUAGACAAAGACAAUUCUCCAAAGUGGAAUCCAGCGACAUUAGAUGAGGUGGAUGACAAGAAAAUUAACUCGUUGUUUAAGCCCUUCGAGGAUGAUAUUGAGCUACAAAUCCCUGAAACAGAAGAAAACAGGUGGGGAGGCAAAUACGAGACUUCAGGCUAUGCAUCUGUACGAGGAUAGUAUAGAGCAUAUGUGUUCCAGUUUCAAAACUUUAUCCUAAAAACUGAAACUCCACGUGUGUUGUAUUAUUACAUAAUGUGUUGCUUGAGGCUCACACUCGAUGCAGCGUUGUUUAAAUAAGGUUUAUGUAUAUUU